AUGGCGCCCGCUCCGACAGAGAUUGUCUUCUCCCUUGCCCAAGGUACCAACAAUACCGCUACUUGGCAAGCGCAUUCGUUCAGCUAUGAGAAUGGUCCCGUCAAGGUUCCCGGGCCGUGGAAACGAGGACGCCCAAGAAUUGCUGGGAAGAAGGUUGUGGAGCCAUUAUUCCAGUUUAUCGAGACCUCCAAGGAGAAAAGGCAGAUAGACGCUGCAUCUCGGUCCAAGAUUCGUAGUCAUGCUAGGAAGAGACGAGAAGACCCAGACACUUUCCAACUGCCACCGAAGGGGCCCUUACAGGGAAACUUGCAGCAGAUUUCGGGAGUGGAUCCGUUUGGCACAUCAUGCAUUCCUCUGGACUCCUACAUGCUCGAUCUUCUGUCUCUCCUCUCCACCAAAUUAUGGACGUAUAUGUACUCUUUGGAGGAAGUUGGCGGUUGGAAUCCGAUUCAAAACUACUGGCUCCCUAUAGCUUUUCACGAUGCUGCGCUCAUGCACUCUUUCCUCGCAUGUACUGACUCGUAUGUGAAGGGAUAUGCAGCCGGCGAAGUAGGGGCGUUUGGGUUGCAUCAUCUUCAACAAGUCAUAUGCAUUGUAAACAAACGCCUCACCAAAGGCGAGACCCCAAUAUCUAGAGGAACUAUCGCUGUGAUUUCCGGAAUUUCGUUGCUCGAGGUAAACAUUGAGUCUGAACUUGAUAUAUUACCGUUAAUUGAAACCAUUAACGCCGUUGCAGCAGGGCCCUGGGCGUCACCGCCACUGGAGGACACAUAUGAAGGGUUUGAAGGCUUUGGUGGAACUUUCUGGUGGUUUAGACUCAUUUGCGUCGGAACCAUUGGUUAUGCAAAAGAUUUACCGGUGGCGGACCUGUAUGGCUCCAUGGAUGCCGGAGAGCUCCCGUUUUUCAGCGGACCAGUUGGAGUCAUUGAUAAAAAAUACGGGUUAGUUUCUCGCAUGAAUACCUUUUCCUGCUUGGGGAUUGAGUGUAUCUCUAAUAUAGCUGCGCGCAGUAUGGAGAAUCGCCACAACCGAGACGACAGACGGACUCUGUAUCCCCUUCCAUCAACCGGUGGUGACUGUCCUUUCGCAACCGCACAAAAGGGGCUACAGAGCGAAAAGCUUGCGCUAAUAUGCGAAACAUUUGACUUUGAUCUGUCUUUGACCACUUGUAUCCGAGGCCUAGACGAGAUAUCGCACUUUUGGAUAACGAAAAAAUCGACUUCUCCUCACACCGAUUCGGGCAGUGCUAGCACAGGUGGAGAUGACUCGUCACUUCACGAAAUAGCACAAAUGAGACGCCUACUGACUAGUAUACAAUAUAAGCUUGUAUUGGCCGCCGAGAGUCAGCAUGAAAUGGACUGGUGCCCUUUCCAGAAAGCAAUUCAUGAGCUUCUGAGGGUAACUCUCAUCAUCUACGCCCUCACUAUACUAAAGGAACGCCCGCAAACGACAUCCAUUGGGAAGACAGUUUCCAGCUCCUUUCUUGAAGCAUUCAUCGCUGCCGUUGAAAUGGCAAAACACGUUAAAGUUUUUCAAUCAGACCAGUCGGAGGCUGAUGAGACCCGGAAGAGAAUCGACACGUGCCCAUUUUCUCCAUUGCAGACCCUUCUUCCUAUCGACUUUUUCCUGUGGUCGAUUUUCCUCGCAGUGGCGCUUCUACCAACAGGAAGUGAGUUUAGGGAAGGAAAAGAAGUGAAGACGGCACUUCUGAAUGUGUUCUCCAGCUUGCUCGGUAACCAAACUCAGCAACGAGAUGAGAUAAAGUCCCAGAUCUCUCAAUAUUUAUGGAUCUCAUAUGUUCAUAACGAUAUGUUUGAUUCCUUUUGGUCUGACCUUGAAGACUUCGAACCGAGUACAGUCUUACACACAUUGUAG